AUUUUUUAAAUGAAAAAAGGAGUAUCCAUACAAUAAUUGAGAGUCUUAAGACUUGCGGAAUUUGCAGGCUCCAAGAUCCCUCUUUUCCUACACCCCAUCUCUGAUUCCUUCUUCCAAUCUUCGUCGAGAAGCUUCAAAUCCGUGAAGCAAGAAAUGGGUGUUGUGUUGAAGCUAGUAGACGUCAUUUUGUUGCUCUUCUUCCUUCUCAUAGCAGUGGUUGCUCCUCUGAUUGAUGCUCAAACGUGUCUUCCUCACACUUACUUCCCCGACAUCCUCGUACAACUUAAGACAUGGUACACCCAAGAGUACGAUGAUUACCUUGUGGCGGAAAAGCCUCAUUUUUUCGUUGGUCUUGUUUGGCUUGAGCUUCUCUUCCAAUGGCCCCUUGCUCUCCUCAACCUCUAUGCCAUUUUCGCUUCCAAGCCUUGGUUCAACACCACUUGCUUGAUCUAUGGUGUCUCUGUCUUCACUUCCAUGGUUGCUGUAUUAACAGAAAUGAUGGGUUCCAAGAGGGCAUCUGAGAAGCUAUUGACAUUGUACUUCCCUUUUUUGGCUCUGAGUAUUCUGGCUACUCUAAGAGGGUUGCUGAACCAUUCCUCCAAGACCACUUCAUCUCUUGGCAAGCGACCUGCAUUGGCGAGGAAAAAGCGAGCUUGAAAUUGUAGGGAUUGAAUAAAAAAUGACAAAAUGGAAAGAGAAGCAUGAUUGUUGGCGUUGAAGGGAUAAAGCAUGCCAAUGCCCCCCACCUGUAACCAAAUUUUUGUAUGUUUUUAAUGUUGA